AAUACAAUCUCUUACUUUGUUUGCUUAUUUUGUUUUCUGGGUCUCUCUUUUUCCUAAUCAGUAAUCCCUCAAGAACACCAAUUUCAUUUUUUUUUCCCCCUUAAUUUUCUCCUGCUGUUUUUUCUUCACAAAAUCAGUUUAGAUCUCAACAAAAGACGCAAAAUAAACAGGAUUUUAAACCCCCUCUGAAGCCCAGAUUCAACCCCGAGUUUGUACACUUGUGAAGGCAUUUUGGCCCCGUCGUUCCAAGUUGUGUAAAAAAAAUUUGAUCUUUUUCACUUUGUUGUUGAGGGGGGAUACACACGCGCGCGCGCGCGCGCGCAAUGCGGGAGGGGGACUCCUCUUGCAUGGUGUCGCGGGCGCUUCCGAGCUCCUACGAUCGCGAAUCCAUGCGGGCUUACGCCGGCGAGGAAGAAGAGGACCGAGCGGAGGAGCCACACCCCAUUAAUGGCGUCCUCAGCAAGAAGAAGAAGACGACGAAGAAGAAGGAGAAGAAGGAGAAGAAGAAGAAGAUGGUGGUGGUGGUGGAUUCCCCGCUUUACGGCUGUGGCGGCGAGGGCGAGGGCGAGGGCGAGCACGAGGAUCCGGAUAGCCUCAUAAGCCCGGUGAUCGGGCGCGACCUCUCGAUCAAUUGCCUCCUCCACCUGUCCUGCUCCGACUACGGCGCCGUCGCCUCGCUGAACCGGAGCUUCCGCUCCCUGCUCCAAAGCGGCGAGCUUUACCGUCUCCGGCGCCGCUCCGGCGCCGUCGAGCACUGGGUCUUCUUCUCCUGCAACGUGCUCGAGUGGGACGCCUUCGACCCCUUCCGCCGCCGCUGGAUCUCCGCCGCCGUCCCCAAGAUGCCGCCCCUCGAGUGCUUCAUGUUCUGCGACAAGGAGUCCCUCGCCGUCGCCACCGACCUCCUCGUCUUCGGCAAGGACAUGACCUCCUGCAUUGUGCUCCGCUACAGCAUCCUCACCAAUUCCUGGUCCAAGGGCGUCGCCAUGCACUCCCCCCGCUGCUUGUUCGGCUCCGCCAGCUCCGGCGCCACCGCCGUCGUCGCCGGAGGGAUCGACACCGGCGGCAGGAUUGUGAGCUCCGCGGAAAUGUACAAUUCUGAUAGGCAAUGCUGGGAGGUCCUCCCGAGCAUGAACCGCGCCCGGAAGAUGUGCUCCGGCGUGUUCAUGGACGGCAAGUUUUACGUGAUCGGCGGCAUGCGCUCGCAUACUGAGCAUUUGACGUGCGGCGAGGAGUACGACUUGGAGCGCCGCGCGUGGCGGCUGGUGCCCGGCAUGGCCGCGGGGCUCACGGGCGCCACCACGGGCGCGCCGCCGCUGGUCGCCGUGGUGGGCAACGAGCUCUACGCGGCGGAUUACGCCUCGAACGAGCUGCGCAGGUACGAUAAGGGGCGCAACGCGUGGGCGACGCUCGGGAGGCUGCCCGAGCGGUCGGUGUCGAUGAACGGCUGGGGGCUGGCGUUCAAGGCGUGCGGGGACCGCCUGAUUGUGAUCGGGGGGCGGGGGGUCUCGGCCGGGGCCGGAGGGGUCAUCGAGCUCAACUCAUGGGUCCCGACCGCGGGGGGCCCGCCGGAGUGGGAGGUGAUCGCCAGCCGUCAGUCGGGGAGCUUUGUGUAUAAUUGCGCGGUGAUGGUCUGCUGAUCUCGCGGCUUUUCUCUUCAUAAUUGGAUAAAACCAUGUUCCUCAACCUAUGGAACUUACUGCUUAUUAACUCGGGAGAAACUCUUCAAUGUAGAAAUCUUCUAUUUGGUCCACAGUUUCGUAAAUUUCGAGCUGUUUCUUUACUUAAUCCAAACAAUGGCCGUAUUUAAAUCGAGCAUUGUCGUAUUAGGACGGCUCGCGUGAUCUCCUUUGUUGCUUUUCCCACUAAUACGUAAACAAGCUCUCUUUCGUUACCGUGGGAUUACGCCAAACUCGUGUAACGUACUGUAAUUCAUGUUCUUGUUCAAUUCUACGUUGCCCAACAAUUUUCAUACUGAUGUUCUUGAAGUCGACAGGUUAAAGCUGCUCCGGGGAAUCGCCGCUCUCUUAGAUACGCAAAGUUAGGAAGCGCGAGGUUAGCGCAUAGUAAAGUGAGCUUUCACAAGGCUUGUGCAGUAGGUGCAAGUCUUCGAGUAGAAGAUUGUGGACAGUUGUGUUACUUUUUUAUAAAGGCAAGUGGCGUGUCCAGACGAUGGAUAGCCGUGCUUAUGGAUGCCGGUACCAGUUGGCAUGCACCGUGGCAGUCACUGCCGAUCUUUUAGGUACGCAAAGUCAGGACGUGCGAGGUUAGCGAGUAGGUGUGAGACAAUAGGUGUGAGACAUUGACUAGAAGAUUGCGGAUUGUAACGUUCAUUGUUUCUAAAGGCACUCGACGUGUCAAGACGAUGCAUGGCAUGCCCAUGCAUGGCGGUGGUCGCUAGUACUACGUGGCGCAGACCAGUGUCGUGGCACGGAACAACAACUCUUUUCUUCCAACCUUUUUCAAGUAAAAUAGCUUGAAACUGCUUCCCAAACUCUUACUUAAAUUCUACCAUUCACGCAUUUGAAUGCUUCAAUUCGAUGAAAUCGAGUGUUGGCUUAAGAAAAUUUGAUUUACUGAAUUCGGUAACUUCGAGUAGUUUCAAUGAUAUUGAUGAUUACUGUGCCCAUGUAAACAGCUACGUAUCAUUUUCUCACUGUAUAAUAGUGUUUCUCACUAAUUCAUUUUUUCUCUUUACUGAAACCGCACCGCACAGUUGUCUUACUUGUCUCUAGCUUUGUUGUGUUAGAAUAUGACUCUUGUGAUCUCCUUUAUUGCCUUUCCUGUUAAUGCGCUAAUAAGUUUUUUUAGCUGUUAACAUGUGAAUAGUGAAUACGCCAAAUUAAGUGUAGUAUACUCUAUUAGAUGUCCUUGCCGGAUUUGUGUAUUGUGCGACAAAUUUUGCACUUAUGAUUAACUGCUACAUAAAAGUUGGUGCCGAAUCGCAACUCUCUUAAACACGCAAAGUGAGGAACCAUAUGGGAAGCAAAUGCUGAAGUGAGAAUCUGCAUGGUUUUGUGAACUUGGAAUAAAUCGAUGAAAAGGAAGAAAAAAGAACGAGUGAGUUUUUAUAUGGUCGAAAAUUCAUUCAUUUCCGUUGUUUUGCUUUUGCAGGAAGUAAAAGAAGAAAACAAGGGUGCCGUUGAAUUUCAACUUUUCAAUUUGACCAAUAAGAUACUAUGAUUUACGACCUCACAUUUGGAAUUGCUCAAUUUUUAUUUAUUUUUUACAAUAAAGGUUUGAGCGCUGCUGUCGUUUUCUGAUCAAGUGCUUUUUGUUUUCCUGCUUCUGAAUUCGCUACGGUAAUUGGAUGAUCACACUCCAUGUAGUAUCACACUUUAAAGGGAAUAACUUAGUGGAGAAUUAUUCUGAAGCGGAAUAAGCAUCUGAAUUUAUGCCCAGGGACUUUGUAAAAAGCGAAUUUGCUUCAAUAUGAGCAGAAGAAAAGGAAAAAGAAGGUAUGAUAAAUGAUGUUACUUUGAACAGCAAAGACGAUGAGCAUCGGAGAAUAGAACUCGAAAGGCUACACUUGGUUUCUAUAUCACAUAAAAAAGAUGCUUCUGGAGAAUUCUUGCGCCCGCAGUAUCAAAUGUAUCAUCUAGAAUCAGCAUCUCCAUGCAUUGCUGUUCACUGCCACCUCGCGGAUAGUACUUGAUAUGUUUGUGAUUGUGAUGGUGCUUGCAGUACGAGUGUACUUACCGAUCUCAGUCGCACCUGGCGCGCAAUCCAGACAGUCAUCUUUUUGAUGAUCUUGGGAUGGUUUUUCAUGAUGUCAGAAUGCGCAGAUCGACUGAUGGUUUAGUCUGCCCUCCUCUCGCGGAGUUACUGAAGGCAGCUGUAAUCUGCGGACGUAGCGGUGAAGCAGCCGGCAGCCAACCUUGUUGCUAUGGUUGCAGUGCUGCAGGCUGUGGGCACCUCGAAGUAGAAGCAGGGUGGGACAAAGGAAGUCGGCUGGAGUGAAAUACUUUUGUCAACUCACGAAGUAAUACGCAUCUCUGGAUUUAGAAACAUCCAUGAAAAAGAAAAUCAAGGCAUAUUUCGAAAUUUGAGAUUUCAUUAUAAUGCCAUUGUUGCUGUCAAAAUGUCAAUACCCAUUAGACAUUUGUAGAUUUUAGACAUUGGUUUAGUUCAAAUUUAGUUAAUUUGCAAAUUAUUAAAAAUUCGAAUAAAACGGCCCAUA